GUGCUACAAUCACAGCAGCGGCGACCGUACCACAGAAUAGAUUAAAUUUAAUCUACUCGUAUUCUGUGACCGUACUAUCAGCCAUGAUAAAUUAAAUUAUCGUGCUAUCAGCAGACUGUAGUCGUGGUCCCUACAACCAAAUCUAUAGUAUUUGCUACAACUGAGUAGUGACUACUGAGUACUGACUAGUGAGUACUGCUGUCUGCUACUGUUCUCUGCUCACUGCUCUUGUUCCUCUCGCAUAUAACUUUUUAGUUCAACGUUCAAUAGUUUAUCCUUUUAAUGUUGUAACUCAUAACAGUCAUAUGUACUUGUUAGCACAAUUUUUGCAGUUGUAUUGUAUCAAUUUAUUUGUUUAUUUUUAUAUUCUGUGAUUUGAUAACCUUUGCUUAUUGGAAUUUCAAAUUUGUUAUACAUUGACCCCCCUACUGUUCUGUUACAUCUAGUAUGUAGGUGUUUGAACAUUUGAUUUUAAUUGUAAAAACAUUAUCGUUGAAGUCGUUUGUGUUAUUUAUCCAAGUUUUAUUUUUGUAAAAUGAGUGAAGAAUAUAAAUCUUACACGCCUGGAUGGAAUGAUCCACCCUCAUAUUCAUUUGAAGACACAGUGAGUGCUCAACAUGAAAAUCGCCCUAAAAUAUUUGAUAGAAUACCUGCACGAGUCUUUCCAAAUGCUCCUAGCGUGCAGUCAAUUAACAAUCAAAUACUAUUAGACAACGAUGAAGUUUCCAAUAAAAACUCCAAUAAUACUUCAAAAAUCCCUGCAGUUUCAUCAUUGGUAUUAUGUGACAUUCCUGUGGAAGAACGCUUAUCAUAUGUGAUGACGUCUCUGAGUGAUUCAAUCCAAAAGUCAACAUUAUCAGAUUCCAAAAAAUCGGAUAUUAGUAAACGGUUGUCAAGACUGGAAAUCAGUUGGAAAGAUAGUCAAUUUACAGAUAUAGUACAACAAAAAACUAUUGCAUUAGUCAAAGCAAUCAAAAUCAAUGAUUAUGAUGAAGCAAAUAGAUUACAAAUGGCAUUAAUGGUUGACCACACACGUCAGUGCAACACUUGGAUACCUGCUAUUCGACAAUUAAUUAAUCAGCAUACCUAAAUUUAUAUUCGAUAAUUGUUUAUUCGUAAUAUGUAUGUAUUAAAUAAAUUAAGAUAAUUUUAAAAUUCGGUGUACAACAAUUGAAUUCAUGUGUAUCAUUAUAUCAUAAUCCGUUAAUUAUA